AGACUCACUUGUCAACACGACUCCACCUUGGUUCGCUACCUUGUCUGGCGCCUUCCCAAAAAGUGAAAAACCCUAACCACCACCACCACCACCUCUCGAACACACAUUCACACACACACUGUCCUUUGCUCUAUCUACACUCAUCCCUUCAUCCCAAAUAUGCUCUCAUUGCCAAAUUUCCCCAUCAUUUAAUUUCGAUUUUACUCUACUUCAUGAUUAGUCAGUAAUGUAGCUGUUCAUUUCACUUGUUUCUGAAAACAACUCAAGUUUGCUACUUACCCACUUACUGUAGAUCCCUAAAGACUGUACUGGGGUUUUCAUUUGAUUCCUUUCUUGGAUCAAUGUGAGUAAAGUUGUCAACUUUUUCGGGUUAAUCUUUUCUGGGUUUUGAGUUUUAGUGUUGAUUCAAGAAGUGAAGUUCACAAAAUCGUUCUUUUUAUUCCUUUCUUCUACACAUUGUGAUGUUUUUGUGUGUAUAAAACCCAAGGAUCGCAUGUAAUUCAAAGGGUGUGUUGCAUAUUGAAUCAAACUGAUUUUCCUAGAGACGAUGAUGAAUGUCGAGCAUAUCUUCACAAUUUCGAUCUUAUUCGCCCUUUUGAUCAUAACAAAAUCCGAAGUUUACAUCGUAACAAUCGAAGGAGAUCCAGUGAUAAGUUAUAGAGGCGGCAUUGAUGGUUUUGAAGCCACUGCUGUCGAAUCCGAUCAGAAACUCGAUGUCACAAGUGAUUUGGUGACGUCAUACUCCCAACACCUCGAAACAAGACACGAUAAUCUUCUCGAAUCACUAUUUGAUGACGAAACAUACACAAAACUUUACAGCUACAAGCAUCUCAUCAACGGUUUCGCAGUCCAUAUUUCUCCAGAACAGGCAGAAACGCUAAGGCGAACCCCUGGUGUGAAAUCAGUGGAUCAAGAUUGGAAAGUGAGGAAACUUACAACACACACCCCUCAAUUUUUGGGGCUUCCAACUGGAGUUUGGCCAACUGGAGGCGGAUUUGAUAGGGCUGGAGAGGAUAUAGUGAUCGGAUUUGUGGAUUCCGGGAUUUUCCCGCAUCAUCCGAGCUUCCGGAAUUCUGAUUCCGAACCUUAUGGGCCACUUCCGAGGUAUAGAGGGAAAUGUGAAGUUGAUCCUGAUACCAAGAGGAGUUUUUGUAAUGGAAAGAUCGUUGGGGCUCAACAUUUUGCAAAAGCCGCCACGGUUUCUGGAGCGUUUAAUCCUUCCGUUGAUUUUGCUUCUCCGUUGGAUGGUGAUGGACAUGGAAGUCACACUGCGGCGAUUGCUGCUGGAAAUAAUGGGAUUCCGGUGCGAGUGCAUGGAUAUGAAUAUGGAAAAGCAAGUGGAAUGGCUCCUCGUGCUAGGAUUGCGGUGUACAAGGCACUCUACAGGCUAUUUGGAGGCUUCGUUGCUGAUGUCGUUGCUGCCAUUGAGCAGGCAGUUCACGACGGUGUCGACAUUCUGAACCUCUCCGUUGGGCCCAAUAGUCCUCCGGCCACCACCAGAACCACUUUUUUAAACCCAUUUGACGCCGUUCUUCUCUCAGCUGUAAAAUCGGGUGUUUUUGUCGCACAAGCAGCCGGAAACGGAGGCCCUUUUUCAAAAACGUUAGUGUCUUACAGCCCUUGGAUCGCAUCUGUAGCUGCAGCUGUUGAUGAUCGGAGAUAUAAAAACCACUUGACACUUGGAAAUGGAAAGAUCCUCGCUGGAAUUGGCAUGUCACCUGCUACACGUUUGAAUCAAAAAUACACCCUUGUAGCAGCCAAUGAUGUGUUAUUGGAUUCUUCCGGAAAGUCAAGUACAUCUGAUUGCCAAAAACCCGAAGUUUUAAACAAAAAUAUGGUAAAAGGAAACAUACUUUUAUGUGGGUAUUCCUUCAAUUUCGUCAUUGGAACAGCAUCAAUGACUAAAGUCGCACAAACUGCAAAAACACUUGGUGCAAUUGGUUUUGUUCUUGCGGUUGAAAACACAUCUCCGGGAACAAAAUUUGAUCCUGUACCUGUUGGAAUCCCUGGAAUUCUCAUCACCGAUGUUAGCAAAUCCAUGGACCUUAUAGACUACUACAACGUCUCAACUUCAAGGGAUUGGACAGGGCGCGUGAAGAGCUUUAAAGCAGUGGGGUCCAUUGGAGAUGGUUUGGAGCCGAUUCUUCACAAAUCAGCACCAAUGGUGGCAUUAUUUUCAGCUCGAGGGCCAAACAUAAAAGAUUACAGCUUUCGAGAUGCGGAUCUUUUGAAACCCGAUAUUUUAGCACCCGGAUCUUUGAUUUGGGCUUCUUGGUCCCCUAAUGGAACCGAUGAGGCUAAUUACAUAGGAGAACACUUUGCUAUGAUUUCGGGAACUAGCAUGGCUGCACCACAUAUAGCUGGGAUUGCGGCCCUUGUGAAGCAGAAGCACCCUAGGUGGAGCCCUGCUGCCAUCAAGUCGGCUUUAAUGACAACAUCAAAUACACUUGAUAGAGCCGAGAGACCAAUUCUAGCCCAACAAUAUUCGGGUUCUGAGACCAUGACAUUUGUUCCAGCCACCCCGUUUGAUUAUGGCAGCGGCCAUGUCAACCCUAGAGCCGCCUUGGAUCCCGGUCUCAUUUUUGAUGCAGGUUAUCAAGAUUAUCUAGGGUUCUUAUGCACAACACCCGGACUCGACUCGCACGAAAUCCAAAACUACACACACCAGCCAUGCAACUACACACUCGGCCACCCAUACAAUCUAAACUCACCCUCAAUUGCUGUUUCCCAUCUCGUAAGAACUCAAUCCAUAACACGAACAGUCACAAAUGUUGAUGAAGAAGAGACAUACACAAUCACAGCUAGAAUGUCACCAGCUGUAGCCAUUGAAACGAGCCCUCGAGCCAUGACCCUCAAACCGGGUGCAACCCGUAAGUUCACGGUUACUCUAACUGUCCGGUCAGUCACUGGGACCUACAGUUUCGGGCAGGUUUUGUUGAAGGGAAACCGAGGGCAUAAGGUUCGGAUUCCCGUUGUGGCCAUGGGUUAUGAUCGGUAGUUUGUUGUAUUGUUUGUAAAAAAAAGUUGGAAGUACAAUGUUGUUAAGUUUUGUUGGAGCCAUUUCUUGCAAUUGCAACUUUGGUUGUACUUUAUGCCUCUUCGGUUGUGCAUUGGUGGAGGCGAAAUCGUAAUUGUGAAAUUUGGGGAUUUGUGGUGUAAUCGAGUUGAGUCUGACGGAUUUUCUAGGAGAGGUUGAGUAGCUCAACUUUGUCUAGUGUCAUUUUGAUGUGUUUUAUUAGAGUUAUAAUGAUUAAGUUUAGUGUAGUGAUGUUGUAAUAUUUGUAUUUCAUUUAGUAGAUGUAAUGAUUUGUAUUUCGUGUAGUAGAAUUUAUGUAUUAUUCUUGAUCUAAAAGCUUGGGGUUGUUAUAAUAGCUUAUAUGAUUCUGAUUUCCAACA